AAAGAGGAUGUGGAUCACCCACCCAGCAGAACACAGUGCAAAACGAAAAAAAUGUAAUAUUGAUAAUUUAUGUUUUCAGGCGUUGUUAUCCCUGCUAACCUGAAACUAUCACCUGGAGAAACAUCUUCUGCACUGCUGCACCUUACAGCUGAUAAUGUUGACAUUCAACUGGACACCUUGGAUGGAAAAAAAUCUUUUCAUGGGACACAGCUGGUAGCCUUCCGGAGAGGUGCUCGUCCACUUGAGGAGGUUCUCGGCAGCAUCACUCGCUCCAGGCGUAAGUCGGUGAAAAUCCCAGACGCUAUCCAGGCACUAGAUAAAACAAUAGUGAAAUUAAAUACGAUUGAACCAAAACUACAAACAGAGCUAAAAACAGAAUGGUACGAUACUUCAGAAAUCUCUGAGAGUCGCCGUAGUGCCAAAGUGCGAGAUUUUACUUAUUUUUUCAACCGGCAACAAUCUGAUGAUCGUCAGGGGUGGACUGCAUUCAACAAGACUAUGUCAACUAAUAAUGCUGAGAUUACAUCUUGUGGAUAUUUGCCUAUGAUACUAGAUCCCGCUCAUGAGUUCAAUACUUUAAACACAGUUUUGCGAAGGGCGGUGUCGCUCGCUGACAACCUGAAUCAAAAGUAUGUUAUUCUGACUGGCGACCAGCAAGUGUACUGUCGUCUUCUAGAACUAAAAUGGUCAAAUGAUGAUUUUCAAAAGAGAGUUAUCUUGCGCAUGGGUGGCCUGCAUUUGUCACUAAAUUUUCUUAAGGCAAUUGGAAAACACAUGAGUGGCAGUGGAUUAGAAGAGCUAUGGGUGGAAAGUGGCAUUGCAGCUGAAACAAUGGCAUCAAAGGUCAUGGAAGGGAAAGUUUAUAGUAAGGGAAUGCGACUGACGAAACUCACAUUGCAAGCAUUAUGGAGAAUAAUCCUUCCAAGAUUUCAGCAGUACCUUCUUGAGGUAAACCCAGACUUCGCUGAGAGGUUGACAGGAGCAGCAGGUGAUAUAAUAUGUCUAGAAGAAAUUUUCGAACAAAACGAUAUAUUACAGUACAUAAAUGAAUGGGUGGCAUCCACAGAAAAUGUUGAGCUACAAUUUUGGAUGACUUAUGUAGACAUGGCGCACAUUUUAUUGGAGUUUACGAGGUCUUUACGAGAUGGUCAAUGGGAUUUGUAUUUGUCAUCACUCACUCAGAUGUUGCCAUACAUGGCUAGAUACGACCACCACAAUUACCUCAAAUCUCUGAGUGUGUACAUAGCUGAGAUGAACGCAUUGCCGCCUGAGGUUGAAUCUGCAUUCAGACGGGGUGACUUUGUGAUAAAAGCCAGCCCUGGAGAUUUUAAUCAGGUAGAUCCAGACCACGCUCAAGAGUGGUUAGUAGGUGAAGUGAAAAGAGCAUCUUCCGGAGCGAUCGGUCUUGUCCAAGACCAGUCUUCUCUCCAACGCUGGGCCCUGACAUACUGUUGGCAUGCCGCGAUAUCCAGCAAAACGUAUGAAAUGUAUGACUUGGAAAAGACGACAGAUCUUCACGCCGAGCUGUACCCAGGAAGAAAGAAAAGAGAUCAAGACGACGAAAAUUCUCUGAUGAAAGCCAUGGAAGCUUUCGGUAUGUUUAAUUUUGAACCUGACAAUACACUCAAGAAUGUAGCCACCAAAGACGUUGCUACUGACGAAAUUAAGACAUCUCUACUCACAGCCAAAGAACAAGGUGCGUUGCAAGUCUUUCAGUUCAUAAAUAAUCGCCUCGGUAACCAGAAAAGUGAAAGCCUCUAUGCUAGAGUGAAGUUAAAUGCCGCCCCAACCUUCCAAGACCUGUUCAAAGUUGAUCACUCGAAACAUACUGCUGUCAAAAAGUCAAACAAACAAGAUCGGAAUAUUUUGCAGCGCUUAAUUACCGCAUAUGAAGCCGGGAGAGCUGUAGACCUAAAAGAAAUAUUAAAACAUGAGCUCCACAAUGUUCCACUGUCUCUUGUGCAUCCCAAUGGCAUAAUGCGUACUGGAAAUAAAGCAGAGUUAAUGAAACUCAUGACAGAAAAUGUUGAAAUCCCGAACACGUUACCUGCUGGAGGGAGUGACCAUCUUAUAAUUGACGGGCAAGCACUUAUUAUGAGCAUUGGCAAACCACAACAUGCACAAACAUUUGGAGACUUAGCCAAUGCAGUUACGAGCAGAAUAAAAAAUAUGAGCGCCCACUACCAAAGAGUUGACAUAGUUUUUGAUAGAUACAAUCAACUUUCAAUCAAAGCUGGAACGCGACAAAAGAGGACUGCAUCCGCUCGCCCAAUUCGCAAAGCUAUAACCUCAAGGGCAGUGCCUCUUCCCAAGAGUUGGUCUAAUUACGUUGCACUUGAAGAAAACAAAGCUGAGUUAGCGGCUUUUAUUUCAAAUGAAAUAAUGUCCGCGAAUUUCUUGGACACUACAGUAGUCGUUGCUGGAGGUUUUGCUGACGAGCUUAAAGUGGCAGCUAACACUGAAAUGGAUUGCGCUUCUUUGCAAUCCACGCACGAGGAGGCUGAUACACGCCUUAUCCUGCAUGCAGUAAACAGUGCGCACAGAAGAGUUGUAGUGUCUGCAAGAGACACUGAUGUAUUUGUUUUGCUCGUUCACCAUUUCAAGAGAAUGACAUGCAAUGAAUGCUAUAUGAUGGCUGGUACAGCCAAAGACAGAAAGUAUGUACCCAUUCAUGUAGUUGCAGCGUCAAUGUCUGAAAGUGAACGAAAUAACAUACUGAUAUUUCAUGCGUUGACGGGCUGUGAUUCAAACUCAUUUAUAGCAGGUUUGUGUCCUUUUACUUUUAUUGUUAUUAUUACUUUUUCUGCAGUAGAAACUCAUUUUUCUACACAUGUUUUAGGCAUAGCAAAAAGAGGAGCUCUAGCUGUGUACCGCCUGAACUACAAAUUGCUCGAUGGUAUCACAUGUGGAGAUGUGGACGAGUCCUUUCUCAAACAGUGCGAGCAGUUUUUGGUGCUGCUGUACAAAACCAAAGAGUUAACUUGUGACGAUGCGCGUCAUAUGCUCUUUGGGAAAGUCACCAGUCCCGAACUUCUCCCAGCGACAUCAGACGCUGCUCGACUCCACAUCCUCCGGGCAGUCUACCAGUGUGUGGUCUGGAUGAGUGCUCAUGUGGCCAAGCCUGAGCUCCCCGACCCAUGCCAAUACGGCUGGCGCAUUCUUGACGGAAACUACGCUCCAGUGUACUCCACCUUGCCCGUGGCACCUGAGUCAUGCACGCAGUUGUUAAGUUGUGGCUGCAAAUCAGGCUGCGCCACAAAACUUUGCAAGUGUAGACGAGAAAAGGAAGUGUGUACUAAGCUGUGCAAAUGCCGGGGAGAGUGCACCAAUCAAGACAAUGCAGAUGGGGUUUUCGUAUAAACUAUUUGCAUGAGAGUGACUUCUUCUGCUCCCUACUUUUUGUUGUUUUCAGCAUUAUAUUCCAUUGAACCUGUGUUGACACGUUUUUAAUCACCAUUCUGUACCCAUAUUCGUGUUCAGCGACCGCGAAAACAUAUGUGGCCAUACCCCGCACGCCGUAAAGCCGCAACUUUUUCGAGCACGGUAUUUAGGCCCUAACUGGCAGCCAUCUUGGAUUUCGGCACUUCCGGUUGCCGGAUCGAUUUAUGGAGCUCAUUUUCGGAUUAGUUGACACGAAAAACGUA